CAAUCGCUUACUGCCAAUCUUGUUAGGAACCUGCUCGUUAUGUUUUGUCUCAGCCUUACCCUGCUUGUUGCAGCACUCCUCAACUUGUCACAUGCUCAGAAUGAAACCAAGAUUGAAUCUACAGUUCAGUUUCUUUUUCCAAAUUACUGUUGCACUGCCUUGACACUCAGUCCUGUAUCUAUGCGUGUCACUUACCCUGGACAAAGUGCAUACGAGGCUAGUCUUGGUUCCUACUUUGAUGGCAAAAGCAGGUUAACGCCCAACUGUAUCGUGCAACCAAAGGCCGCUGAGGAAGUGUCCAUAACUGUGAAGGUCCUCACGGCCGCAAGCCUUCUGAAGCCUUGCCAGUUUGCCGUACGCUCUGGUGGUCAUACUCCAAUCCCGGGCUCCAACAAUGUCGACGACGGCGUGACCAUCGACCUACUUUACAUGAAUAGUACCACAUACGACACUGGCACCAAAAUAGCAAGCAUCUCACCAGCUGCACGAUGGGGCUCCGUCUACCAAACCCUUGAACCAUUAGGACGCAUGGUAGCUGGCGGUCGUGGCUCUACUGUUGGUGUUGGAGGCUUUCUUCUGGGUGGUGGAAUAUCACACUACGCCGCCCGUGUUGGACUGUCUUGCGACAACGUGGUCAACUUCCAGGUUGUCCUUGCUGAUGGCCGUAUCGUGAAUAGCAACAAGAACAAAAGUGCUGACCUUUUCACCGCUCUCAAGGGCGGUAGCAGCAACUUUGGUAUCGUGACACGAUACGAUAUGGAGACUUUCCAGAACGAAAAUCUAUGGGGAGGCAUCGUCACCUAUCCCGCAUCGACCGCCGAUCAGCAUUUCAAGGCUCUUGUCAACUUUGGCCUGAACCCGAAAAGAGACCCCAGUGCCGCCUUGAUUGUCUUCCAAGGGUAUUCGACUGCCAGCCCCACAGAUGUCGUACGGGCAGCUUUCGAUUACACGAAACCUGUGCCUCGCCCAGAUGCCUACAAGGAAUUCUUUGCCGUCGCCAACAACAUCAGCGACACCACAAAGGUUCAACCAAUGAGCGCAGUCGCUGCAGAGUUCGGCAGUGACACAACUAAGAGGGUCCAAUUCCGCACUCUUUCGUUCAAAAUCGACCUAGCUACCCUUCAAGAGACUGCCCGCCUGUAUAAAAUUAUGAUCACAGAGCUUCAAGCCAAGGCAUCCGGCCAGUGGCGCGUUUCCUGUCUUCAUCAAGUAUGGUCCACACGCUACACCGCGAACAGCAUGUACAAGGGGGGCAACGUGCUCGGUAUGGAGCGCUAUACUGAAAACUUCAUUAUGUAUCAGUCAUAUCUCUCUUGGUCCGAGGCUAAGGACGAUGAACUUUUUAUCAACCAAGGCCUGGCAUUGACCGACGGCAUCCAGAAGUUUGCUUCUAGCAAGGGCACUGCAGUGGACUAUCUCUACCUCAACUAUGCUGAUAAGGACCAAGAUCCCCUUUCCGCUUAUGGCGCUGAUAAAGUGAAGUUUAUGAGAACGGUCGCACGGAAGUAUGAUCCUUCGGGUAUCUACCAGAAUUUACUCCCAGGAGGAUUCAAGAUACCUAAUGUGUAAGAAGCGAUGUAUAUCAGACAAAGGAAUUCAUGGAAUGAAUUUCUUUUUUUAUUGCACGGUUCGCUUGAUAGGUAUAUAUCUUUAGCAGACUUGAGAUAAAUAAGCACAAACUUGCAGGAGCGUCUUGCGAAAUUCAUCAAUGUCUUCUUCAGGCACGGCGUUCGUGGUCUCUGGUAGUGUUUUGGUCCAAAUACUACGUCGAGACAUCAGAA